CAUUCUGCUUUCGACCAGGCUGCCUUGUAUACGUGUUUACAGUGCACACAUGCAUCCCACGUCAAAGGGACGUGUUGCAGUUAUAAUAGUUGUCAGUUCACUUCAAGCGAAGUAGAGCACAGUCAUCGUGUUAUUCGGUAAACAUGUGUCAACUUCAAGCCAAACUUGCCGUUUGCACUACUCGGCGGUGACGAGAAUAUUUCCCGCUCAGAGCCUAUAGGCCUACAUCAUGAGCCGGUCGAGGACCUAUCCCAGAGACGAUGCUCAACUGGACUCGGACCCCGCAUCGACUCGCGCCAAGAGCAAGCGCGUGCAGAAGCUGCAAGCCGAGGUGGACGAGGUGGCGGUCAUCUUACACACGAAUGUGGACAAGCUCCUGGAACGGGGCGAAAAGCUGGACGACCUGAUGGACCAUUCUGAUGAUCUGAUGGCACAGGCCUCGUCAUUUAAGACAACGUCAAAACAGAUCAAAACGCAUUAUAAAUGGAAGAACAGAUUGUAUAAAGUCAUCGGCGUCGUUGUUGUUCUGCUAAUAAUUGCUGUCAUCGUUGUAUGUAUAAUCAGGCCGUGGGAAACAAGCUGAACACGCCCUAAAGUGGAGCGGAUGGAGAACUUACCUUUUUUGUGUGUAGCGGCUGGGUCUUUAAUUUUCAUCCUUAUGGUUUGAAUUUGCUGGUUAUUUGCACAAAUUGUUUGUUACUCAAAAUCGUCUACGAACAUAUUGUGAUAAUUUUAAACAUGUUUUCCUCGGUUUAAAAAACAUAUGAAGAGACUUACUGUAAACUGACCAUUUAGGCCAAAACAGUCUCCGGUUUCUGGUAUGGAGCUUGCACCAAAAGUGGUGCGGCGACGCGGCUUUUUUUUUCUUUACCGUUUUUUUCCCCCUUAAAAUGUCGGCUGAUGACUGCAUAUGGUGUUCGACUAAAUCUAGUUUUGAGACAUCACCUGACAUUGAAAAAAAAACUUUUUAAUUUUGCUACGGCGACGCGUGCGCACGCCAGAAACCGGAGACCUUUUUUGGCAUUACGAAAGCCAGAUGUAGGCUUCUUAAACUGUUCUUAACUACGGCGAGUCUUUGACUCGUAAACGCAUUAUCAAUCGCAAGGGUGCCUGCAAAAGAGGGCUUUAUAAAGUCAGUUUUGCCAGAGGGGAAGGGGAUGCCGUUGUUUUGUCACAAAUCGGAAACCGGCGACGUGCGUGUUUUGGUAUGCUUUUUGGGGUCGAUAAUACUAGAAGUACUAUUUACAGGGUAUGUAUAUUGUUGAAUUUUUUUAUGGAAUCUCGUGUCGCUGGAUUUUACAAACUGAUAUUACUUUCGGGGGUAUUCUUUGGUUGCUUUUGACCAGAUAACGGUACGUAUUUGUGGUGUAUGGUAGAUAGAGAGAUGCGGAAUAUAUACGUGGCUCCUGGACAUUCUGCGAGGCACAUCGUUCAUUUUAAACGGCAUAAAGCCCGGUUCCUACUUCUUGCGAAUACGAAGCGAAUUUGAAGUCGUGAAACAUUCGCUGCGAAAUUCGCCCGAGUUGAAAUAUGUUCAACUUUUACGAAUUCGCAGCACGAAUACUUGCCAUGACGUCACAAAUUCGCGUUCGCUCUCGCUUUCACGCCCCUAUGA